AUGGAAGAAAUUGUCGAAAAACCUCAAUUAAAACAUAUACCUAUAUGUCCUGAACCACCACUUGAAGAAAUUAAUGAAAUAAAUGAAUGCGAAGGAGGAGGGGAAAGUAACCCACAACAAAAUGAUUAUUUAAAUCAAAAUGAUAUUCUUCAACCUUUUGAAUAUUUUUUAAAUAUUUCUUUGCCAAAUAAUAACGAGAAUUUAAAUUUCCAAUUAAAUUUACUAGCUGAAUUACAACAAAAAAGCAAUAUUUUAUUUUUAAAUUAUGGAAAAGAAAUGGGGAUAAUUAAUGAAAAUGAAGUUGGUGUGGUGCGUAUUUGGAAUUGCCAAAAAUCUCGUUUUGUCUGUAUUAAUUCAAUAAUUAGACAACUAGACAAUCAAAAAUUAAUUUUUAAUUUAAAAGAAUAUUUAGAAUCCAAAACAAUUCUUCGAUUUUAUUUUUUUAAUUUAAAAAUUCCCCUUUCUUCCCCAAAACUUUUAGUCCAAAUUCCCUCACCUUGGGAAAGAGAAAGAGCUUGGAUGUUGGGAAAUAAAUUAUUUUCUGAUAAAAACAAUAUUUCUUCUUAUUUAUUUCCGUCAAUUGAAGAUUCAGAAAAUAUUCGAAUUGUUUUUCAUUUGUGUUUAUUUCAUUCACAAGAUGUUUUUGUUAGAAGCAAUACAAUAGUAGAAAAUAUUGGCUCAUCAGCAAAAGGAAUAUUAAAACAACAAAAGACUUGUUUUAAAGAAACCCCUCCAAUACCUCAAUCUAAAUUUACUUUUCUUUUAUUUCGAAAUCUUCAAUCAGUCCCUCCUCCAGAAAAUGUUAAAAAUGGAAAAUUUAACAAAACUUUUAUUGAAUUAUUUAUUGGUGCUCAUUUAAAGCCAACAGACUAUACAUGGGCUAUUGAAGAAAGUCAAAGAACAAUGAAACGAAUGACUGAAUUAACAAACACAGAAUAUCCAUUACCCAGGCUAACGAUUGUUUCUUCUCCAUUGGGUGCUGGAAAUGAUGGAAUGGGAGGGGUGGGACUUGUACAAAUUAGAGAUAGUUGGAUGGAAUACCCCAAAUUUGUAUAUACACAUAAUUUAUUAGUCGGCCAAAUAGUUCAACAAUGGACUACCAAUUUAUUAUCUAUUUGUAAUCAAUGUACUCAAAAAGGAAUUUCUUUGUUUUUGGAGUGGAUAUUGGCCUCGGAAUUGUCAGAAAAUGAAAACGAAGUAUUUUCUAGACGUGUGGAUGAAACAAGAAGACGAUUAUUUGGAGGAGGAGGAGAAACAAAUUUGGGAAUUGUUGGGUCAACAAAUCCAGCAAUUAAUCAACAACAAUGUAUUGAAAGAUCAGCAUUUUCUCUUUAUACUUUGGACAGUACUUUUGGCAGAGAAAUUAUUACAAAAUUUUUAAAUUUACUUUUUUCUAAAUAUUCUUGGGUAUUUAAAUGUACAACAAAUUCUGAUCUUUCCAAAUUAUUUUUUGAAGCAAGUGGAGGAAAUAAACAAAUGCAAAAUAUUUUUGAUUCCCUAUUUAAUUCUAAAAUCUAUUUAACACCAUUAAUUCGAAUUAAAGUUUUGCCUCUUUCUUCAAUUUUAAAUAUUGAAUUAAAUAAUAAUUUAACAACAAAAAAUAUUCAAAUCCCAAUUGAAGUAAUUGAUGAUACUGGGAAAAUAAAUAAAUUAAUUUUAAAUUCUUCACAAUUAAUUACAAAACUUCCAAUUAUUGUUUCUGCUUUUUUGGUUGCUAAACCUAGCAGUUUUGCUAGGUUUUUAUAUAAUGUAGAGAAUUAUAUUCAUUUAAUUGAAUGUCUUGAACCAACAAAAUGCCCUUCAAUUAAGCAAAUUUCAGUAAAAGAUGCAUUUGAGGAUCUCUGUUGGGCACUUCUUCAGCAAAAAUUAAAUCCUUUAGAAGAAGAAAUUCCUAAAUGGAAAGAAUUAUUCAAAACUUUAAACAGUAAAGGGGCUGUACAUAAUGAUUGUGCUUGUUGUAUGCAAACAGAAACUGAGGCACUUAAAAGUCAUUGUAGAUGGACUUGGUUAGAUAAAUGUAAAAAAAUAAAAAUGUUAAAUUAA